AUGCAGGAUGGGGGGAAGAAUGUCGAGGAACGUGCGGACGCUACCGGUGUUUGUAAGCGAGAUUUCUACAAGUUCGGCGAACACGUUCGGAUGGAGGAAGAUCAACGGAUUGAAUUCAAGGCACACAAGGACAUCUCCAUCGAAGAGCUGUCGGCGGCUUGCAAGGACCAGUACUCUCGCCAGACCAUCUCAAGAACUAUCUGUGCCUUCUUGAACACUGGGAGAGGUGGGACUAUUUUUCUGGGAAUCCUUGACAAUGGUGAUGUCAACGGUCUCCAUCUCACAGAAUCAAAAGACCACUUGGCUUUGAGUCUUGAAAACUUGAUGCUGCGGUACAAGCCAGCUGUCCCAAAACACAUGUACGAGCUGUUUGGUCCAGUCAUCUCUGAGGGUGUGCCAUUGCCAACAAACGAAAGACGUGAGAUGAACAGCAAGGAGAGGUUCAGGCCACACAAAUUGCAGUGUUCGACGUCAUGCUGGUGUGAUGAUGAAGCUACUGCUCAGCUGAGUUUUGGUGGAUCGGUGAUGCGGUAUGUUGUGGAGAUUAAGCUAUCUGCAUGGGACAGUUCUGACCCGAGAAACAGUGGGUUCAAUAAAAGCAAGAUGGGCAAACACCCCAUGUUUGACAAUGAAGAGGAUAUCUGCUUUUUGCGCCGUCAGGGCAGCAACAUACGGUGCACUUUGCAAGAUGUCAUCCACAUGACCCAUCAAGAAGUUAAAAAUGCGGACGACGUUGCGCUCUUCGCGAGUGGACCUACCUCCAUGGUCGUCAAGUGCAUGAGAGCUUCCAGACUUCCUAAAUGCAGUGGAUAG